AUGGCAGUCAUGUCGAUAUUACUAGGUGGUCUGGUCACCUGGUUCGUUGGGUGGAUCAUCUACUGUCGAUGGUUACAUCCCUACUCCAAAUACCCAGGUCCUUUUCUCGCCUCUUUCUCGAGACUGUGGAUCAUCAAGGAGCUGUACUCGGGUCACUUAGAAGUCACGUUGAAAAAGUGGCACGCAAAACAUGGUCCCAUCAUUCGCAUCGCCGAGAACGAGGUGUCUAUCUCAGACCCAACCGUUAUCAAGGCCAUCUAUGGAGCCGGGACAGCUUUUACCAAGACUGAGUUUUACUCGGCUUUCUCAAUGCCAUGGUCCCGAUUCCCGGAGCACUUCUGCAACAUAGACCCCAAGUCCCACGGCGAGCGCCGCAAGCUGGUCAACCAUGUCUACACCAUGACCAACGUCGGCCGCUACGAGCCAGCCAUCGAAGAGUGUAUCGAACUUCUUUAUCAAUGUGUUAAGGAUGCCAGUGAGUCUGGCAGGCCAACUGACAUGGCUCUCUGGCUUCGGUACUACGCCUUUGACGUGAUUGGCAUCCUUUUCUUCAGCCGUCCGUUUGGUUUUCUGGAGACCAAAAAGGAUUACAGGGGCUGGAUCAACGCAACCGACGUGCUGAUCUUAUUCAUGGCAGCCUCUGCGUUUGUGCCCCGCUGGAUGCGCAGUCUUGUUUUGAUGACCUCUAUUGUCGUCCCCGGUGCGAUGGCAGCUGUCAAGGCGAUGGACACGAUGACAGAUGCGGGGGUUGAGGCUGUUGAGAAACGACAGAAGGAGCUGCAGGAGAGCGGUGGCGUGAUGGAGAAGGAUGAUAUGCUGGCUAGCUUCUUCCGAGUGAUGGAGGAGCAUGGGGAUUUGGAUAACUUUGGUCCGCUGGAGAUUAGAGGGGAGAUUUACACCGCUAUCAUCGCGGGAUCCGACACCACGGCUAGUGCCAUCACCUCAGUUCUUUAUCACCUCACGAAAAAUCCUAGAACCUACCGGAAGCUCAGAGAUGAGAUUGAUACGGCCGUUGCCGAGGGUCGGAUCAGCUCGUCUGGAAGAAUCAGGUAUGCUAAUGCAGUCAAGCUGCCUUAUUUUGACGCCUGCUGCAAGGAGGGCAUGAGGGUCCACGCCAGUCUUGGUCUGUCGUUCCCGCGGUACACCCCCAAGGAAGGGGUUGAGCUCCUGGGAGAGUUUUUCCCUCCUGGGGUGAAAGUCGGAUGCAACCCUCAGAUUGUACAGCGUGAUAAAGGUGUGUUUGGAGAGGAUGCAGAUGAGUUUGUGCCGGAGAGGUGGUUAGGUCGUAAUGCUGCUGAUUUGGAGAGACACAUGCUGAAUUUUGGUGGUGGCCCCCAUAUGUGCUUGGGCAAGAAUAUCUCAAUGAUGGAAAUCUACAAGGCCCUUCCAGAAUUAAUCCGCGAUUACGAUUUCGAGUUGGUGGACCCGAAGAAGGAAUGGACUCUGAUCAACCGGUGGUUCCAUCAGCCCAAGAAUGUUCAGACAAUUGUUACCAAGAGGAAGAAAUGA